AAAAAACCAAAAAGGAGAAGAAUCGACAACUUAAUGUGAACCUAACCUCGCUUCUGGUCGUCGACGAUGGUGGCUGGCUCGCCGGUUUCUGCCGGUUUGUUCAUCAAAUAAACCAUACACAACAGCCAACAAGAAGAGCAUAAGAUGGAUAGAAUCAGCAAGCUUCCUUUAGGCGUAAUAGAAAACAUACUGUGUUUACUACCGACUCAAGAGGCGGCAAGGACAAGCAUUCUCUCUAGGGAAUGGAGGUAUCAUUGGACCGAAAUCUCUAAACUUGAGUUUAAUGAGGAUGCGUUUGAAGUAUCGACUUAUGGGGCUGAGCCAUCUGUUUUGGAGCAAACGUUUGACUUUCCAAGUCACAGGAAAGUAAUGACUAGGAGGUGUAAACUUUUCUAUGCUAUAUACCAAGUUGUGAUAAUGCACCAGGGUCCGAUACAUGAGUUCACCCUGUGUAUGAGAGCAGAUGGCUCCUGUAUUGAGAUUGACCAUAUAUUAAUUCAUUUAUCGAGGAAAAAUACGGUCAAGAUCUUAAAACUUGACUUUAUUGGGAAAUAUAAGUUACCCGUAUCUUUCUUCUCGUUACAUCAAUUAACGGAUCUGUAUCUCAAUGAUUGUGCUAUUGACCAUCAACCAUCAUUUAAUGGAUUUGGUGGUCUUACAACCUUACAUUUGCAAGAGAUACACAUUUGCGUAAAAGAGCUUAUGCGCCUUUUAUUGAGUUGUCCAUUACUAAAGAGACUGGCAAUUUUGAGUGACGCUGGAACUAUCAAUGGCAUCGGAGACAUCACCAUUGCUGAUUUCAUCAAGUGUUUACCGGGCAUUGAAUAUCUGUCUCUUUCGUGUUUAAUCUUUUUGUGUUUCCCUCCACUUCCGAAAGAGCUUCCAACGACAAUGGUCCACUUGAAAUACUUGCGUAUGGAAUGGGUAUGGUUUAGGCACAAAUAUGUGGUGCCUUUUCUUGUUCUUUUAAUUAGAAGCUCCCCAAACCUGGAGAAACUUAAGCUAGAGAUUUUCCCCGAUGAUGACUUGUUUGAGGAAUCUGAGACGGGCUCCUUUCCACGAAAAGAUUAUCCAGAUAUUACGUUGGAGCAUCUUACCGAACUGGAGAUUCUACAGUUUGGCGACGCCGAUAAUGAGAUGGAUUUUGUGAAGUUUAUAUUGGCUAAGUCACCUACACUAAAGAAGGUGAGAAUACUCCUAUGGGAUGAGAUUGAUGAGGAUGAAAAAUUGCAGAUUUCAAAAAUCCUUAGAAGCUCCCCACGCGCAUCACCUGUGGUAAAACUCAGUGUUGGUUGAGACCGACUAAUUUGAGUUACUUGGUGGUUUUUUUACUGUUUAGUGAAAUGAAAAAUUUGGUUGCUACCUUAUAUGGGAUUUUGAGAAUUAUGAUCUUUUGCAACAAAAAAUUGUUAAAAUGUUAUUUUUCAUGCGCAUUAGUGCAAAGGGCAAGAUCA